UGGAGCCGCCCCCGCGGCGGGGCGCGGCGGGCGGCCCGGCGAGCGGGAGGGUGCCGGCUCCCGGCUCUGUGCGGGUGAGUGGGGCCGGGGCGGCAGCGGCGCUGCGGUGGCGCCAUCUGCCAGGAGCCCCAGUGGGAGGGAGCGCCUCGGCCGCGCUCGCCCGGGCGGAGCGGAGGGCAGGCGGCGGCGGCAGCAGCAGCAGCAGCAGCAGCAGCAGCAGCAGCAGCAGCAGCAGCAGCUCCUCGCGGUGGGGGGGAGCCCGUGCGAGCUCAUCUCUCGCAAGGCUGCGGCUCUGUCCGCCACACAAAGCUGCCGCCUCCCGCCGCCGCGCUCAGCCCCGCCGGGGUUUGCCCUUCCCCUCCCUUCCUCCGCCCGCGGGAGCGAUUCAGGGGAGGGGGGGCGGAGCGGUACCCUGGAGCUGCUGCCUGUUGUUAUUGCCGCUGUCAGUGCUGUCGGAAGCGGGGGGACCCCUGCAGCGGAGCCGAGCGGGGGAUGAGGAGGAUGUGAGUGCGGCGCCGCAGCCCCCAGCCCUGCGCUGAGCUGCCCCAGGGCCUGUUUUCGAGCUGUUUUUAAGGAAAUGUGGUGAAUGUAAACUUACUCUGGGGGGAAAAUUCUGCUGAGGCUUGCAUUAGCCCUUUUGGCCACAGCCUUGCAUUGGAAAUUCAUGUUGAGCUGAUUGCCUGCCAGGACCCCCAGUCUCAUUUUUAGUCUCUGCUUCAGAGGAUAGAGUCCUCUCUCUCCCUCUCAUCCUGAUUUUAGAUAAUGGGCUGUGUGCAAUGUAAGGAUAAAGAAGCAACAAAACUGACUGACGAGAGGGAUGGCAGUUUAACUCAAAGUUCAGGCUACCGCUAUGGGACAGAUCCCACUCCACAGCAUUAUCCUAGCUUUGGCGUGACUUCAAUUCCAAACUACAACAACUUCCAUGCCACAGGAGGCCAAGGAUUGACAGUGUUUGGUGGAGUCAAUUCCUCCUCUCAUACAGGGACGCUGCGAACAAGAGGAGGAACAGGUGUAACUCUUUUUGUGGCGCUUUAUGACUAUGAAGCAAGAACAGAAGAUGACUUAAGUUUUCACAAGGGAGAAAAAUUUCAAAUACUUAACAGCUCGGAAGGAGACUGGUGGGAGGCCCGGUCCUUGACAACAGGUGAAACUGGUUAUAUUCCCAGCAAUUAUGUGGCUCCAGUUGAUUCCAUCCAAGCAGAGGAGUGGUACUUUGGCAAACUUGGCCGAAAAGAUGCUGAGAGGCAGCUGUUGUCAUUUGGAAACCCAAGAGGUACCUUCCUUAUCCGGGAAAGUGAAACUACCAAAGGUGCCUAUUCCCUGUCUAUUCGUGACUGGGAUGAUAUGAAAGGAGAUCAUGUCAAACAUUACAAAAUUCGUAAACUUGACAAUGGUGGCUAUUAUAUCACAACGCGGGCACAGUUUGAAACUCUUCAGCAGCUGGUUCAGCAUUAUUCAGAGAGAGCUGCAGGUCUUUGCUGCCGCUUAGUAGUCCCCUGUCAUAAAGGAAUGCCAAGGCUUACUGAUCUGUCUGUCAAAACCAAAGAUGUCUGGGAAAUUCCACGAGAAUCCCUACAGUUGAUCAAGAGACUGGGAAAUGGGCAGUUUGGGGAAGUAUGGAUGGGUACGUGGAAUGGAAAUACUAAAGUGGCCAUCAAGACUCUGAAGCCUGGCACUAUGUCUCCAGAAUCAUUCUUAGAAGAAGCCCAAAUCAUGAAGAAGCUAAAACAUGACAAACUGGUCCAACUUUAUGCUGUGGUAUCUGAAGAACCCAUCUAUAUUGUCACGGAGUACAUGAGCAAAGGGAGUUUGCUAGAUUUCUUAAAAGAUGGAGAAGGAAGAGCUUUGAAGUUACCGAAUUUAGUGGACAUGGCAGCCCAGGUGGCUGCAGGAAUGGCUUACAUUGAGCGAAUGAAUUACAUACACAGAGAUCUGCGAUCUGCAAACAUUCUCGUGGGGAAUGGCCUAAUAUGCAAGAUUGCUGAUUUUGGAUUAGCAAGACUGAUUGAAGACAAUGAAUAUACAGCAAGACAAGGUGCAAAGUUUCCCAUUAAAUGGACUGCGCCAGAAGCAGCAUUGUAUGGAAGGUUCACAAUAAAGUCAGACGUGUGGUCUUUUGGGAUCCUACUGACAGAGCUGGUAACAAAAGGGAGGGUGCCAUAUCCAGGCAUGAAUAACCGUGAAGUUUUGGAGCAAGUAGAACGUGGUUAUAGGAUGCCAUGUCCUCAGGACUGUCCCAUCUCCUUGCACGAGCUUAUGAUCCACUGCUGGAAAAAAGACCCAGAGGAACGUCCAACUUUCGAAUAUUUGCAAGGUUUCCUUGAAGACUACUUCACCGCAACAGAACCCCAGUACCAGCCCGGUGACAACCUGUAAAACCCUGGUGUCCACACACUGUCAUGAAUUACCAGGUGUUUCUCAGCCCUGCCCCACCUGCCCUUUAGCUUCCAACUCGGUGACCGGCUUCUCCAGAGUGCAGCAUCUUUCAGCACCGCAGUGCACGUGGGGGCCCGCAGUUGCGAACUGCCGCAGCCCUUGGCUAUGACCACUUCUCCUAGUAAUCUGAAUGUCCUUGAUGAAAAGGAGAAAAACACUUGUUUUUUCUUAAUCAGAGACUCCUAAACUGCAUUGUAUUGAUGUUAUGUAAACUGCAAAACCUCUGUUCAUUGUAAAUAGUAACUCAGUGCCAAUAACUGAUCCUAGUGCUUUCCUUUUUUUAAAAUGCAAAACCUAUGUGAUUUUAACUAGUCUUCUCCUGAUUCAACUAAAAGUAUUAUUUUCCAGAAGUGGCCUCUUUGUCUAAAACAUUUUUUUUCAUGUUUUAACAAAUAAAAAAAAUCAGGACCAGUGUUUGGUUUUUUGCUUUUUUAUAUAUAAAAUAUAUAUAAUAUAUAUACAUACCUGUACAUACAGUAUAUGGGUGCUAUUGCAGAGGAAGCUCAUUUUGAAUGGAAUGAAUCCUGCUGCAGCAGUACCCAGAAAGUGAUAAUUUUACUGCAGACAUGAAAACACUGGUGGGAUUCUGAAAGCCAGUGAUCUAAUUUUUGGCUUUUGCCAAGCAUGAUUUUUUUAAAUUGGAUUGCACUUUUUGUUUAUGACUAUGUACCUGUAGAUGGUUGUAACUUUGCUCUUUCAGGAAUCAUGUGCUGUAUUUACAGUAAUGUUUCCAAUGUUUGACAAGUGUGUGAUGAUUUGUUCUUGAAAUUAAAAUGAACAUAUUUAAAGCAAGAAAACUACACCAUCACCAUUGGAACUGGAAAAUCGAAACUGCAAGGACUUCUUGUAUCCAAACAUGUAUACUGAAAUGUUUCAAAAAGAUUUAUUAAACAGUGUAACCACAUUCAAAUGGUCUUAAAAUCAUAGCAUUUUAGCCAUGUCCACCCGCUAAACUGUUGGUCAUGCAGCUAGGAUUUUUCUGUUUUAUGUGUAACAUUUUCCAUUGUAAAAUAAGUGUGUUAAAUGUCCUGUACUGCUAAUGAAAUUACUUUCUCUGUGUCUGCAAGUUCUCCAGUGGAAUUACUAUGCACUUCUUUACAUUUCAUGGGGGAUGCACAGAACAAAGUAUUACCUUUUCAGUUGUCUGUACCAGCCUUGAAUUACUUACGUUUAACCAAAAAAAAAAUUCCUUUCUACUUCUAUUGAGUUUUUAAUACUGAGUUGCAAAUUUUGAAGUCUUAAUUACAUUUUGUUAUGGUUUAUUUGCAAGUUUACAUUUUAAAACUGUUUAACUUUCUUAAUUUAGUAAUUAAAAAAAGAGCAUUUUA